UACUAAUUCUUCACCCCAUACAAAAGCACACAUAUUGAGAAAGACAGACAUAUAUACCCAGAUAGGUGAGGUAUCGUCUUUUCUCUCUUUCUCUCCCUUAGCCGUGUUGCUGCUUCCAAUAACUUGUGGGAGAGAGAGAGAGAGAGAUGAGGUUAAGGGCUGUAGUGGUUGCAACUGCCGUUAGCUGGUUAGUGUUGCUGCAAUCCAAGUCAAAUGCAGAGCAAAAAUCAUGUGAUCUAUUUGAAGGGAAGUGGGUGUUUAAUUCGUCUUCAUCGUAUCCUCUCUACAACUACACAUCAUGCCCCUUCAUUCAGAAGGAGUUCAACUGCCACAACAAUGGCCGCUCCGACGACUUGUACCUUAAGUACAACUGGCAGCCCCACUCCUGCAGCUUAUCAAGAUUUGAUGGAGAAAAUUUGUUGAAGACAUACAAAGGGAAAAGCAUAAUGUUUGUGGGUGAUUCCCUCAGCCGAAACCAAUGGGAGUCUCUCAUAUGUAUGCUCAUCGCCGCCGUGCCGGAAAUCAACUACACUCACACCUCAUCAGCCGAGCUCACCAUCUUCACAUUUACGGAUUAUGAAGUUAAGGUGAUGCUGGAUCGUAGCGUAUAUCUUGUAGACUUAGUGGGAGAAGCACAAGGCAGAAUACUGAAACUGGACUCCAUACAAGGCGGCAAGAGGUGGCUUGGGGUCGACACGCUCAUCUUCAACACAUGGCAUUGGUGGAACCGCCGCGGCGCCUCUCAACCAUGGGACUACAUCGAAGUAGACGGGCAACUCUACAAAGACAUGGAUCGUGUCGUCGCCUUCGAGAAAGCACUUAAUACAUGGGCUACUUGGGUUGACGAAAACAUCGAUCCUACCAGUAUCAUGCCCAAUGUUUUCUUUCAAGGGAUAUCACCAUCGCAUUACAAUGGGAGUGAAUGGAACGAGCCACAGGCAAAAUCAUGCGUAGGGCAGAAAGAGCCGGUGGCAGGGGAGACGUAUCCAGGGGGGUUGCCACCGGCUCUGGCAGUGGUGAAGAAGGUGCUGGGGACGAUGAAGAAGGCUGUCGUGCUGUUAGAUGUAACGAGUCUUUCGUUGAUGAGGAAAGACGGGCAUCCCUCCGUUUACGGGCUUCCAUCGAUGGACUGCAGCCAUUGGUGCCUGCCGGGAGUGCCGGAUACUUGGAAUCAAAUUCUUUACAACCUUAUUAUUUGAAAGAUUACUUACAUACGUACACUUGACAUUAAUUUUUACUAGGAAUUUAUCACGACAGAAAUGGAUGAAAAUAAUCAAUUAUUAUUUUGAGAUUGAUACGAACCUGAUUAAUUGUCAGCAGAAUAAAACUGUAUUUGG